AUGGAGAAGUCUAUUAUUGACAAAUCUGUUAUUGGAGACAUUUCGGAAGGCAAAUAUGAUGACAGCAACCAGUUAGUUCUUCCUGGCAAGAAAAAACCUAAACAGAAAGCCAAAAAUGUUGCUGUUCAACCUUUGCGUGUGUUGUCGAAGUCGAAAAGAAAAGAGCUUCAGAAGCAGGUCGCCAAAAAAACCAAAAAACUAUCACGAAAAGAGCUGUGGGAUGAACUGGAAGCGUACGCCACACAACCAUCUGACAAGUCGACUUCAGGGAACCUUUUCAGUCAAUCUAGUUCUGCUGACACAUCCACGGAUACUGAUGAGUUCAGUUCUUCCGAAGAGGCACCAAAACAGGAAGAUUCAAGUGUUUCGGAACUCCCUCGAACAACCGAACCGGAGAGAGAGAAAUCGCCCACCCGUAACCCUCCGGAGAAUGUUCUUGUUGUUGAUGUACCUUGCAAGAAGUCGAAUUAUGUGCUCGUUAACCGGACACCAGAGAUACAGUCAAUGCGCGUGGCUCUACCGAUAGUUGCGGAAGAGUCCAAUAUAAUGGAGGCUAUUUCAGAAAAUGAUGUGGUUAUCAUCUGCGGGGCCACUGGAUGCGGAAAAACUACUCAAAUUCCUCAAUUUCUAUACGAAGCUGGUUAUACGCAUGAGGUCAGCUAUCAUAUUCGCUACGAGAAAAAUGUGUCCUCAAAGACGCAAAUAAAGUUCAUGACGGAUGGUAUUCUCCUUCAGGAAGUAAAGAAGGUGAGUGCCCGGCCACCCUACUAUUCUGCUCUACCGUAA